GAACCCGAUUCCUUACCAUAAAACAGCAAGAUAUAAAAAUGACAAGAAAUCCCAAAAAAUCUGAAGAAAUUAAAACCCGCGGAUUGAAUUUACAAAAGGAAAAAUUUGGUGAUGAAAUAUUUGAACCCCGCCUAAUCGGCAAUACAGCCCGCCCUCAUCCAAAAAAAUUCGCCCCCUAAAAAACCCCAAAUUCUCUCUCUUUUUCCCCCCAAUCGAUCCAAUUCCAUUCUUUUCCCCCCCGAAUUUCUCUCUCCUCUCUCCAAAAUUUCGCAGUACUUUGAAUCUCACUGUCCGAUCACUGCUUCACUUCGCUAGGGUUUCCAAUUUCUGCUAGGGUUUCCGCUAAACCUCUGCAGAUUCAAGCUUCGUCAAUGGCGACGGAAGUUCAGGAUGACAAGAAGCCGGAGAAUGAGCCGGAGGUUGAAGAUGAAGGCAAGGAGGUAGCAGAGGAGAAGGAAGGGAAGGAGGAGGAGGAGAGAGAAGAUGAUGUCAAGGAAGAGGAAAUGGAGGAAGGAGAAGAAGAGGAGGAAGUUGAGGAGAAGGAGGUGAAGAAGGGUAAGAGAGAUCGGAAGACGAAAGGCGAAGAUGAGGAGGAGGAAGUUGAAGAGGAGGAGGAAGGAGAGGAAGAGGAGGAAGAGUCUGAGAAGAAGAAGAGGAAGAAGAGUCCGGAUUCGAGUCCGAAAGAAGAGGUUACUCCUAAGGUUGAGAGGCCUACUAGGGAGAGGAAAGCUGUUGAGAGGUAUCAGAUUGCUUCGCCGGCUAGUCGGUCUUCCGGUGCUAAAUCGUUGUCGAUUGCGAAGGGUAGUGGAACUGUGCUCAAGGAAAUUCCAAAUGUGGCUUAUAAGCUUUCAAAGAGAAAACCUGAUGAUAAUCUGCAAUUACUGCACACAAUUCUUUUUGGAAAGAAAGCAAAGGUGCAUAAUUUGAAGAAAGAUAUUGGUCAAUUUUCUGGCUUUGUGUGGGUUGAUAAUGAGGAAAAACAGAGAGCCAAAACAAAGGAGAAGCUUGACAAAUGUGUUAAAGAAAAAUUGUUGGACUUUUGUGAUGUGCUAAAUAUUCCUAUUAAUAAAGCUUCGGUUAGAAAGGAAGAUCUCUCUGUGAAGUUGUUAGAGUUUUUGGAGUCACCACAUGCUACCACUGAAGUUUUGCUUGCUGAGCAGAAAGGGAAAACACAGAAGAAAAAGGCAACCCCUGCAAAGAGCCGCUCCAAAGCUUCAUCUGCUGAAAAGUCUGCCAAGAAAGCUCCAUCUGGGGAAAAACAAAAAAAGACAGCAAAAGCUGAAGAAGAAACUGAAGCUGAUGAUAAGGAUGAUAAUAUGGAAACUCAAUCUCACUCUUCAGAAGAGGAGGGUUCCAUGCAGAAACAAGAGAGUGAUCAGGAGACAGAUUCGGAGCAAGAGGAAGAGGAUUCUAAAGAAACAACCCCAAAGAGUUCGGCCAAGGAUGAUUCUGGGGCUAAAAAUGGCAAAAAAUCUAUAAAUGCUAAGAAAAGUAGCUCUGAGAAAUCUGCCAAAAGCCCUGCAAAAUCUGCCAAGAAAACCGCAGUUGCUCCCAAAAAAUCUGCAGCUUCUGCUGAAGCCUCAGCCUUAUCCUCCAAAUCUAAGGGAUCUUCAAGUAAGAAGAAAAAGGUUGAGGAGGAAACCCAAAAGAAAUCCAGUCCUGCUGAGGAUAAGCCCUCAAACAAGAAGCAAGGAAGCAAGUCAGCAGCUAAGUCUGCUGCCAAAGAUCAAGGUAAAGGGAAAACAAAGAAAGAAGCAAAAGCAGAGCCAACAAAUGAUGAAUUGCGUGCUCAGGCAGUUAAUAUUUUGAAAGAAGUGGACUUUAAUACUGCAACUCUAUCAGAUAUCCUUCGACUGCUUGGUUCCCAUUUUGGCGUGGACUUAAUGCACAGAAAGGCAGAAGUCAAGGCCAUUAUCACAGAAGUAAUUGAAAAUAUGUCUAAUGAUGACGAGGACGAGGAUGAGGAUGAUGGUGAGGAUACAGACGACUCUGGAAAAGCAUAAGUAUAUGAAGAGAUGGAGUUUGGCUGGCUGUUCUAAUGCAUUUAGCCAGCCUGCUCGUGUGAUUGAUUAAAGAAUUUGAAUUGUGUUAGUGUUCGUCAUACCAUAGAGUUGUAGACUAGUAGAUUAGAGAAAGCCUGCAGCAGUGGUCUAUGUAUCAUAGACAAUUCUUUCUAUUUUACCUUUAAAAACCGUUCUGUAGGUUGUUUUUAGAUGUCUCUAACAGUCUGUAUUUCUUAUUGUAUUGGGAACCUUUUUGUUUAAAUUUCUGAGAAUCAAUAGAGUUUAUUUAGGAUUCAUCUAGUUGCUUCAACUUUGUGCUGUAUUAUUAUUGUUCUGUAAACAGUACUCUUAUUCUCUUGUAUCAAUCACUAUUCACUAA